ACCCUACACCACCCUACCAAUAUUCAUCGGGAUUCAUUGAAGAGAUGGUGAAACUCUUCUUCAUCACGAGUUAGUUAACAGUACGAGCUUAUAUGACAAGAAAAUAGCGACCAAUCCAGUUAAAAUGAACUCUCUGAAGGUAGGCGAUCAUGGGUCCUGGUGAUGUCUCUGUUUUCAUUAGUGUAGUCGCACCUCUAUUUUGCGAUCACCCUCAGAAAACACCAGGUGGUCGCUUAACAGAGGUUGUACUAUUGGUAUGCAAUUUUCUCAUGAGUUUUUCGAUGAUCUUGAGCCUGGAAUGCUACGAUAGGUACAAGUAUGCGGAAUACUCCUUCCCKGUUGACACCAUGACGUGUAAUGACGGUCAGAAGUGUGUAACAACCACUUUUGAUCUCCCACACAUUGCAGGACAAACUCUGUUCUCGCGCUGUGGUCGCAAUUGCGAUGAAGGAUUUAUUUGCGGCCUUGUGACGAAAAAACAACACGGAGUCAACUGCCACGUGACAUGCUGCGAUACUGAUUUCUGCAAUUCAGCAGAAAAAGACGAAGCAAGCAGUCAGGUMACUAAACACUUCAWGAUAGAACAAGCCAAGAAAAUGGAAGACCAGAAAAAAAUGUUACAGGAACUGRCAAACUUGAUCACAUGAAAAAAUCGACAACUGAAUGAAGUACAGUAAUAAAUUUUACAGCAAGAGAAGAAAACAUUUAUUGAAUGGCACUUGAUAAAUAGAUAUAUAAUUUUAAUUAUAAAAUUUUAAAAAAGAAAGCAACUUAAUGUGUGAAGAAUGCAAUAAAAACUUCAAAAAUCGGAUUAUGAAA